CAUCUCUUCACUCUUGUGUGCGGUUGGGCGUCAGUACAGUAGUCAGCUGUUGAAUGCCUCGCAAUCUUCGGCUGUCCGCAAGGAGCCAACAAACAUCGAAAUUGUGAUAGCACCUUGAAUUACGCUCUCAGCCUGUUUAGAGCCCUGACAACAAGCCGGUCGACGUCUGCGAGGAUCAAACUUGCGUCAGAAACUGCUUGUGCGACUUCACCCGCGCUGCAACCCCUCGCCGUGUUUUACCGCUGCCCACGAUGCCGACUCCGCUGUGCGCUGACGGCAAGCUCCGUCCGACGUACGAGGACAUUCACAAGCUGAUCGACCGCAGCGCCGCCUACAUCAAGGCUGAUUUCGACCCGGACCUGAUGGUCCUCAUCAGCGGCGGCGGGCUGAUUCCCGGUCGCAUCAUGCGCUCCUUCCUCAAGCGACCCUCGGAGCUUGAUCCCACACGCCUGCGCAACAUCCCUACGCAGGCCAUCGGCCUCAGUCUAUACGAAGAGGUGGCAGGCAUGGUUGAGGGGUCAAUUGGCAAGUCUGUCACACGCACGCAGUGGAUUUCGGAGAAAGCGCUCCUGGGCCACAAAGACCCGUCCAAGAAGGUCGAAGAGGGCAAAGAUGCCGGUGGCUUGGUCGGCAAGAAGAUCCUUAUCGUCGACGAAGUAGAUGACUCUCGAACAACUCUACAGUACGCCUACCAAGAACUGUACAACGAUGUGCGCCAGGCCCUUUCCUCCAUGUCGGAGCAAGAACGAGCCGCGGUGCCCGCCACAAAGUUUGCCUGCUUUGUCGUGCACAACAAGCGCAACAUCAAGAAGGGUAAGUUACCCAUCCUCAACGAGAACAACCACAUCGCCGGUGAUGGAGCUGCACCCGCAAACAAUAACCAACCUGUAGAGCGGAUAGAGAAUGGUAUCGUCGAGGGUAUCAGGUAUUACGCCGGCGAGGACACGGAGAAUGAGUGGAUCGCCUAUCCUUGGGAAUCGGAGGACAUCACCGAGCACAACCGCCUAGCCGCCGACGCACGCAAGAAGGCCGGCCAAAAGUGAUUUUUUCUUUCGUUGGAGUACUUCCCGCUAGACGCGCAUCAGCAUCUCCUGCAAAACGCAUCCUAUCGGAAGUGUGAAAUGUAUUAUUCAAAAGCUCUUGGCGGGACCGCACGAGGCGAUCACAGGCCAGGCGAUGCGCCUACACUAUACAAAGCGACUGCCAUCCUGCAUAUACUGCGGCACGAGACCCAACUCCUCCGCCUUCUUGGGCAAAUUGGUCUCGCCCGUUAUUGCGCUUCCAUCAGUCAUCGAACCGUUCUUUCUCUUUUCGGAUUCUUCCGCAU